CGGCGGAGGGCGGCGGGGCCGGCGCGAUGCGGCAGCUGUGCCGGGGCCGCGUGCUGGGCAUCUCGGUGGCCGUCGCGCACGGGGUCUUCUCGGGCUCCCUCAACAUCCUGCUCAAGUUCCUCAUCAGCCGCUACCAGUUCUCCUUCCUGACCCUGGUGCAGUGCCUGACCAGCUCCACCGCGGCGCUGAGCCUGGAGCUGCUGCGGCGCCUGGGGCUCAUCGCCGUGCCCCCCUUCGGCCUGAGCCUGGCUCGCUCCUUCGCGGGGGUCGCGGUGCUCUCCACGCUGCAGUCCACCCUCACCCUCUGGUCGCUGCGCGGCCUCAGCCUGCCCAUGUACGUGGUCUUCAAGCGCUGCCUGCCCCUAGUCACCAUGCUCAUCGGCGUGCUGGUGCUCAAGAACGGCGCGCCCUCGCCCGGGGUGCUGGCGGCCGUGCUCAUCACCACCUGCGGCGCCGCCCUGGCAGGAGCCGGAGACCUGACGGGCGACCCCAUAGGGUACGUAACGGGCGUGCUGGCGGUGCUGGUGCACGCCGCCUACCUGGUGCUGAUCCAGAAGGCGAGCGCCGACACGGAGCACGGGCCUCUCACGGCGCAGUAUGUCAUCGCGGUGUCCGCCACCCCGCUGCUGGUCGUCUGCUCCUUCGCCAGCACCGACUCCAUCCACGCCUGGGCCUUCCCCGGCUGGAGGGACCCGGCCAUGGUCUCCAUCUUUGCGGCCUGCGUCCUGAUCGGCUGUGCCAUGAACUUCACCACGCUGCACUGCACCUACAUCAACUCCGCCGUGACCACCAGCUUCGUGGGCGUGGUGAAGAGCAUCGCCACCAUCACGGUGGGCAUGGUGGCCUUCAGCGACGUGGAGCCCACCUCUCUGUUCAUCGCCGGCGUCGUGGUGAACACCUUGGGCUCCAUCAUUUACUGCGUGGCCAAAUUCCUGGAGACAAGAAGGCAAAGCAACUAUGAGGAUCUGGAAUCGCAGGCGGAGCGAGAGGAACCGCUGCCAAGUGGGGACCAGUUGCCUUUUGCAAUGGAGGAGCUGCCCGCCGCCGAGGGCGGAAAUAGCGGGCCAGAGGGUGCAGAAGGGGCAGAUGGCUCCAUACACCAAGUGGGACUUUGCCUGAGGUACCACAGAAGGAGGAGACCGUGCUUAACACAGCCAACAGUGAUUUCAGCUGCAGACUCCUGGACACUCAUUUCUGUCUUUAUAAUCAUAACCAAAUACCUGCAUGUACCAAGAGCCCCUCAGCCACCCCCUCCAAAGAUGGCUUGUAACAAUGAUGACAUCACUUAGCAAGUUCAAAGGUCACGUUCAGGGGCACAUUUCUGAUGACAGAGCUAGCUUUUAUUGCCUGCUAGGCAAAGAGAACAUUGUUGAAAUGACAUUUAUAAAUACACUGAAUUGUUUACUCUUCAGGUCACCUGCAAUAUUGUGUUUACUCGAAUUUUUCUUCCUUCGAUUUUUUUAAAAUGAGUAUUCUAUUGUAUAUUGAUAGGAAAUGUUGAAGCUAUUUUGAGGACAUGUGUUCUUAGCUUUGAUUAUGGAGUCUAAUGUUUGCUCUUUGUAAUUAUAUCUUAAAGGCUGUUUGGUUCCCUUGCUUUAUAAUAUUUAUUAUUGAAUGCUAUAGCCUUUUAAGAAGUCCAUUUUGCCAUGUAAUACCCUCUCAAGCAAAUGCAGGGGCUGGAAUAUAAGUCAGUGUUGACUGUAGGACAGCCAGAAGGAAGACAGACCACCCUGGUCUGCACUGCACACUCCAAACUCUGUUACAGAAAGAGCAACUGCUAUAUUCGCAUUAUAAUAUUUUUCUAUCUUAUCUUUGUCAAAAAAUAAAGCCUGAGUCUAACUGUAAA